UGCCAAAAAACGAGACCACGACUUUCUGUCAUCGAUAGAAGUGGUGAUUGUCGACCACGCGGACGCACUGCAAAUGCAAAACUGGGACCACGUCGACUACGUUCUGCAACACCUGAACCAGCAGCCAAAGCAAGCACACGGAUGUGACUUCAGUCGUGUACGGUCGUGGUACCUGGACAACCAAGCGCGACACGUCCGACAAAUGGUCGUGGCGUCUUCAUACGUGACACCAGAGAUCAACUCGGUCUUCUCAUCGCACAUGCAGAACGUAGCCGGCAAGAUCAAGGCCACGCCAGUUUAUAAUGGUGCGAUCACAGAAGUGCCACUGCCCGUAUCCCCGAAACAGACGUUCGCACGGUUCGACUGUCUCAGACCAGACAAAGACCCCGAUGCGCGAUUUAAGCAUUUCACCACAACUAUUCUCUCAUCGCUGGUCAAGGACAUUACGGCCGGGCGCGGCAGGAACCCAACCGCAGGGGGUAUAUUGAUUUUCAUCCCGUCGUACUUGGACUUUGUCCGUGUGCGCAACUACUUUGCGACAUCGCAGCAGACAAUUAACGUGUCUUUCGGCGCGAUCUCCGAAUACACUGAGGGGCGGGACAUGAUGCGUGCACGAUCGCAUUUCAUGAACGGGCGACACUCGGUCUUGCUGUAUACUGAGCGUUUGCAUCACUUCCGACGAUUCGACAUCCGCGGCGUCAAGCGCAUUGUCAUGUACGGUGUGCCGGAGAACCCAAUCUUCUGGAAGGAGAUUGUCGGGUUCCUGGGGAUAGAUCCGACGGAAGUCGUUGAGAAUGCGGAGAGAGGGGUGCGCGCGAUUUUCUCCAAAUGGGAUGCGAUGAAACUGGAGCGGAUUGUAGGAACGGAGCGGGUUGGGAAUAUGUUGCGGGAGCGGGGAGGAGAUUUGUUUACUUUUGUAUAG